ACGAGCCAAUCAGGCGCGCGAUAACAGCCUACACGUCUGCUGAGCGAGCGCGCGGAGCGGAGAGGCGCCUGGCAAGACCUGAGCGCAGCGCGAGGCAGUCAAACCGCUGUCUGUCAUUAGCUGAGAGUGUGACAGAGGAGUGACCGAGGAGAGAGAGAGAGAGAGAGAGAGAGAGAGAGAGAGAGGGAGGGAGAGAGAAAGAGAGAGAGAGAAGAGAGAAGAGAGAGGGAGGAGGUCCCGGUUCAAACAGACACACCGGCCUGAGAAGAGAGAAGAAGAACAAGAAGAAGAAGAGAGCACCGGACCCCGUGCGAGCGAGCGAGAGAGAGAGAGAGAGAGAGAGAGAGAGAGAGAGAGAGAGAGAGAGGGAGAGAGAGUGGGAGACUGACAGGCGUUACCGAAACUAGACGAACCGAAGCGUCGACAUGAGCGGUCAGUUUGAGGAAGAUAUCCACGACCGGGGCGAGAGGAAGAGCAGCAAAUCCCCGACGCUGCUCUCCUCUUACUGCAUAGACAGCAUACUGGGCCGCCGGAGUCCCUGUAAGGUCAGACUGAUAGGGGCGCAAAGUUUGACGGGUCUGCCCGGCAGAGGGGAGCUCGACAAGACCGCUGACAGGCAAACGAAAGACCCCCUUUCUCUCAGCGCAGACAUGCACCUGCCGCCUAAGCUCCGCCGGCUGUACGGACCCGGGGGGAAGUACCUCCACGACCACGCAGAGACGCUGGACAGGGAGCGGCUCCUCCUAGAACAAGCCAGCGACAGCCUCAAAAUCAGCCAGGCGCCGCAGGUGAGCAUCAGCCGCAGCAAGUCCUACCGGGAGAACGCGUCGCUGAGCCGGGGAGAGGGCGACCAGAGCCCCGGGGAGGGCUCGGAGGACGGCAGCCUGGGACUGGUAGAGCUCGGCCCUUUGAAGUUCGAGGAGGACGCAGGGAAGGAGGAGAGCUGCGGGGACGCGGCCGCACUGUCCCCGAAGGACGAGGAGAGGGAGAGCUUGAACGCCGGGGAUGGGGACGUGAGGGACGGGGAGGACAGCGUGUGUCUGUCGGCGGGCAGUGACUCGGAGGAAGGGAUGCUGAAACGGAAGCAGAGAAGAUACAGGACUACGUUCACCAGUUACCAGCUGGAGGAGCUGGAGAGGGCUUUCCAGAAGACACACUACCCCGAUGUCUUCACCAGAGAAGAGCUCGCAAUGCGCCUGGAUCUUACCGAGGCCCGUGUUCAAGUGUGGUUUCAGAACCGCAGGGCCAAGUGGAGGAAGCGUGAGAAGGCCGGGGUGCAGGCCCACCCGUCAGGCCUGCCGUUCCCAGGGCCCCUGGCAGCGGGCCACCCCCUUAGCCACUACCUGGAGGGAGGGCCCUUCCCUCAUCACCCCCACCCAGCCCUCGAGUCGGCCUGGACAGCCGCUGCAGCCGCGGCCGCUGCCUUCCCAGGCCUGGCCCCACCACACCACAACGGCUCGGCUCCACCUCUGGCCACCCCACUUGGUCUAGGCACUUUCCUGGGCACAGCUGCCAUGUUUCGUCACCCUGCCUUCAUUGGACCCACUUUUGGCAGGCUCUUCUCCAGUAUGGGUCCCCUGACCAGUGCUUCCACCGCUGCAGCUCUCCUCCGUCAGCCCGCCCCUCCUGUAGAGAACCCCUCGCAUGCAGGCCCUGUCCUCCCCGACCCGUCCUCUUCUUCCACCUCCUCAUCUUCCUCAGCAGACCGCAGGGCCUCCAGUAUCGCAGCGCUGCGCCUCAAGGCCAAGGAACACUCGGCUCAGCUCACCCAGCUUAACAUCCUGCCCACCGGAGCCGCAGGGAAGGAGGUGUGCUGAACACUCAACACCAGCUCUAGGCCUCCCCGUCCCGGGCUUACGUCCCAUUCCAUGACACCCCCCUCCCCUCCCACCCCCACUCCAAAAAACCCAUUCAUACCUCUGGAGGCUGAUGUCCGGAUGUCCACUUGUUCAACUAUCCCUGUUACCUCAUGUUUCCCCAACAAAAUAGCACGACCAAAUUCAAAAGAGCACUGGCUAAAAAGCGUGUGUUUGUGUGUGUGUCUGAUAACUGUAACAUUGUAUUACACUCCAUACACACAUCCUUCUGUCUAGUAACAUCAAUAUUUUUUUUACAUUUUACACUUAAAUAAUAAUUACAAUAUUUCAAGACACAGCUUAAAAGAUUAUUUUUUUAAUUUCUUAAUAUUACCUUAAUAUUACUUUAUACUAUGACUAAAUUAAACUGCCAGUGACAGUGGAGGACUCUAAGUACACUAAGUACACAAAUUUGAAGUACUUGUACUUCAGUAUUUCCUUUUGAUGCCACUUUAUACUUUAUAUAUUCUAUUUCAUUACAUUUCAGAAAGAAAUAUCCAGUUUAUUUAUUUGUCAGUUAGUAUUUACUUUACAAAUUAGGAUUUUAUAUACAAAACACAAGUUUCUAAAAAAAAUAUUAAGCACUGUUAUAGAUUAAACUACCCAACUCUAUGUAGAAAGAAAAGUUAAAAACUAAAUUCCUCUCAACCAAUUAACAUGCUGCUGGCACACACAUGCAUCAGUUAGAAUAAUAUAAUAUGAAAUAACAGCUGUAUCACUCACAGGGGCCAUUUUUCCGCAUUGAGUACUUUUGAUACUUUAUGUACAUUUUGAUCAUAUUUUUUCUGUACUUCUACUAAAGAAAUAUUUUAGAAACUUUUACUAGUAACAGAGUAAAGGAUCAGUCAUUGCACACAGACACACACACACAGACACACAGACACACACACACACACACACACACACACACACACACACACACACACACACACACACACACACACACACACACACACACAGAAAGCUGAAGAACUGCAGGGGAACCCAGACUUUUAGAAAGGAUUCUUGUGCUACUUCAAAUGUGGACAACUGGAGUGCUCAACAUUAACACUGCUUAAUCUGUAUGCAUUGAUGUGGGCUGAGCCAGUCUGCGUCUUUAAUAAAGGCGAGUUGGAGGAGGCCCCCACACUCCCCUACACCCCCAGACCAGAACCAAAGGAAAACUGUCCAUAGACCUUCCAUAGCCUUCUCUACAAGCCUGACUCCUCUCCACUGCUCGCCUGUCCACCAGUCACUCUCAGCAACACCACUGUAUAUAUUUUUAAAAUCUCCGAAUCAAACCGGAGUUAUUUGAGGUCGUUUCAGCGUCAGAUUUCUGUAAAUUUGCUGCAAUUUGAGACUUUCUCCCCCCUCCUCCUCCUUCUCCUCUUUGUUAUUAUCACAGCAGUGGCAUUUCCGCUGAGUCUGACUCCAGGACAUGCGAGCAAAGCUGAGACCUGAGACGUGUCUCUAAUGACCUGACUGUGUGAAAGAAAACUGUACAUAUUGUGUAAAAAAGGAGGGAAAAAAGUACCACAAAAAAGGAUGAUUUUCAAAACAAGGUCGUGUAUAUUUCAGGAGACCGUGUUUUGGUAAUUUGCACUCGGUGUAGUGUUUAAUGAAUGUCGCCCUGUGUAGAAUUUCACCUGUGUUUAUGAAUUAUUAGGUUUUUAGAUAAUUAUUUAUGUCGAACAUUUUCCCCGAGGAACUGAGUGAAGGAACGUUUUUUUUUUCUUAUUAAGUGAUUGUAAGUUUCCUGGUUUAUAAUAAUGCUAAUUUGAAUAAAUUACAUUGUUAAAAUGAGUUCUUUUAUUAUUUCAAAUUCCUUUAGGACUGACAUAGGCCUAAACCAGGAAAAAUAAACAAUGUGAAAUAGAAUAUUAUAGAACUAUUAAUAAAAGGUGUUAUGAAGAAAA